AUUAGAAUAAUGAAAAUAUGAUGAGAAAUGCCUGGGUGCUUCACUGACUGACUGAACAGAAUCCUUGCAGUUUGUUCUGUGACACAUGAUUUUUCACAGCCACGGGACUUCUGAUUUAAGUAACCAAUCAUCAUGUCUGACCGGGUUGUUCUGCGUAGCACCAAGAGAUUGGGAGAGGAUAACCAUGCUUUUGAUGUGGAUGGCAAAUGUAACAGCUUCAAGAAAACAGAGAACUUUUAUACAAACAAAGACCCUUUUAUAGAGGAGAAAAGUAAAAAGUCAUCAGAAAAGAAAGAGAACAGUAUUCGUGUUGGCUUCUUUCAGCUGUUUCGAUUUUCGUCAUCUAUGGAAAUUUUAAUGAUGGUUGUUGGUAGUUUCUGUGCCAUUGUUCAUGGAGCAGCCCAGCCAGGUGUGUUGCUUGUGUUUGGUGCAAUGGCAGACACAUUUAUUGAAUAUGACAUUGAAAUGCAAGAGCUUAAAGACCCAAACAAGAUGUGUGUAAAUAACACCAUAGUGUGGAUUAAUGGUACUAUUCACCAGAAUGAAAAGAACAUCACAAUACCAUGUGGGCUGCUGGACAUUGAACAAGAAAUGACCAGGUUUGCAGCUUACUAUGCAGGAAUUGGUUGCGGCGUACUUGUGUUAGGAUACCUCCAAAUCUGCCUUUGGGUUAUGGCUGCAGCUCGUCAAAUACAGAAAAUCAGGAAAGCUUAUUUCAGGAAAAUAAUGCGAAUGGAUAUAGGCUGGUUUGACUGCACAUCUGUAGGAGAACUGAACACUCGAAUUUCUGAUGAUGUUAACAAAAUUAAUGAGGCUAUUGCUGACCAAGUUGGAAUCUUUAUUCAGCGUUUAACCACCUUUGUGUGUGGAUUCCUGCUGGGAUUUGUCAGUGGAUGGAAAUUAACUUUGGUCAUCAUUGCAGUCAGCCCACUGCUUGGGAUUGGAGCAGCAGUCUAUGGCUUGGCUGUGGCCAAACUAACAGGCCGGGAAUUAAAGGCUUAUGCAAAAGCUGGAGCUGUGGCUGAUGAAGUUCUCUCAUCCAUCAGAACAGUGGCUGCUUUUGGUGGGGAGAAAAAGGAAGUUGAAAGAUAUGAUAAGAACUUGGUGUUUGCUCAGCACUGGGGAAUUCGAAAAGGAGUAAUAAUGGGAUUGUUCACUGGUUACAUGUGGCUUAUAAUUUUCCUGUCUUAUGCAUUAGCCUUUUGGUAUGGCUCUAAACUUGUUCUUGAAGAAGAGGAGUAUUCACCUGGCACUCUUUUGCAGGUUUUCUUUGGUGUCUUAUUAGGAGCUUUAAAUCUUGGCCAGGCAUCUCCCUGUCUGGAAGCCUUUGCCACUGGCCGUGGAGCUGCAGCAAACAUUUUUGAGACAAUAGAUGAAAAACCCACCAUUGACUGCAUGUCAGAAGAUGGCUACAAGCUGGAUAAAGUACGAGGUGAACUUGAAUUUCAUAAUGUAACAUUCUAUUAUCCCUCCAGACCAGACAUAAAGAUUCUGGAUAAUCUUAAUAUGGUUAUUAAAGCAGGGGAGACAACAGCUUUUGUUGGAGCUAGUGGAGCUGGGAAAAGUACAACAAUACAGCUCAUCCAGCGGUUCUAUGACCCCACUGAAGGCAUGGUUACCCUGGAUGGCCAUGACAUUCGUUCCCUUAAUAUCCAGUGGCUGCGCUCACAGAUUGGUAUUGUUGAACAAGAGCCAAUUCUCUUUGCCACCACAAUUGCAGAGAACAUUCGCUAUGGUCAGGAUGAAGCUACCAUGGAAGACAUAAUCAAAGCAGCCAAACAGGCCAAUGCUUACAAUUUCAUCAUGGAAUUGCCACAGCAAUUUGACACUUAUGUUGGAGAGGGUGGAAGCCAGAUGAGUGGAGGUCAAAAACAGAGGAUAGCUAUUGCUCGAGCUCUUGUCCGAAACCCAAAAAUCCUGCUGCUGGAUAUGGCUACAUCAGCACUUGAUAAUGAAAGUGAAGCUAUUGUCCAAGAAGCACUUCAUAAGGCUCGCCUGGGCCACACGGCCAUCUCAAUAGCUCACCGCCUGUCAGCCGUCAAAGCUGCCGAUGUCAUCGUUGGGUUUGAGCAUGGAAGGGCUGUGGAGAGAGGAACUCAUGAGGAACUCCUGAAGAGGAAAGGAGUUUAUUUCACAUUGGUGACUUUGCAAAGCAAAGGAGACACAGCACUUAACAAAGAAGCAACAGAAACAGCAGAAAAUAAUGUAAUUGAGCCAAAUCUUGAGAAAGUCCAGUCAUUCAGCAGAGGAAGCUAUCGGGCCAGUUUGAGAGCUUCACUUCGACAGCGCUCCAGAUCUCAGCUCUCUAAUGUGGUCCCUGACCCUCCAUUAUCCAUUCCAAGUGACCAAGCAGAGCCUACAUAUCUAGGGUCUUCUUAUGGAGAAGAUGGACAAGCAAAAAAGGAAUCUGUUCUUCUGGAGGAAGAUGUCAAGACUGUAUCAUUUACCAGAAUUUUGAAAUAUAAUGCCUCUGAGUGGCCAUACUUGGUGUUUGGAUCUCUGGCAGCAGCUGUGAAUGGAGCAGUCAAUCCACUCUAUGCUUUGUUAUUCAGUCAGAUUCUUGGGACCUUCUCCAUUCUGGAUGAGGAAGAACAAAGAACCCAGAUCAAUGGUGUCUGCCUGCUCUUUGUCGGUGUUGGAAUUCUUUCAUUUUUCACACAGUUUCUACAGGGAUACACCUUUGCCAAGUCUGGUGAGCUGCUUACAAGACGGUUAAGAAAAAUUGGCUUCCAAGCUAUGCUAGGGCAAGAGAUUGGUUGGUUUGAUGACCAGAAGAACAGCCCUGGUGCUUUGACUACAAGACUUGCAACAGAUGCCUCACAAGUCCAAGGGGCAACUGGAUCACAGAUAGGAAUGAUUGUCAAUUCCUUUACUAACAUUGGAGUGGCCAUGAUUAUUGCUUUCUACUUCAGCUGGAAACUGAGUUUUGUUAUACUGUGUUUCCUGCCAUUUUUGGCCUUAUCUGGAGCAGUGCAGGCUAAAAUGCUGACAGGAUUCGCCUCUCAGGACAAGAAAGCGCUGGAAGCUGCUGGACGGAUCUCCAGUGAAGCCCUCUCUAACAUCAGGACUAUUGCUGGGGUAGGGAAAGAGAAAAUGUUUAUUAACAAUUUUGAAAAGAACCUGGAUAUGCCCUAUAGAGCUGCAAUCAAGAAAGCACAUGUUUAUGGACUCUGCUUUGGCUUUGCUCAGAGCAUAGUGUUCAUUGCCAACGCUGUCUCCUACAGAUAUGGAGGGUUUCUGGUUGACAAGGAAGGACUCCAUUACAGCUUUGUGUUCAGGGUGAUCUCUGCUAUUGUGACCAGUGGAACAGCUUUGGGAAGAGCUUCUUCCUACACCCCAAACUAUGCCAAAGCCAAAACCUCUGCUGCACGCUUUUUCCAACUGGUUGAUCGCCUUCCUAGAAUCAGUGUUUACAGUGAAAAAGGGGAAAAAUGGGAUGAUUUCAAGGGAAGCAUUGAAUUUCUUAACUGCAAAUUCACAUACCCUUCUCGGGCUGAUAUUCAGGUCCUGAAAGGACUCUCUGUAGCCGUUAAGCCUGGACAGACUUUGGCAUUUGUUGGGAGUAGCGGCUGUGGUAAGAGCACCAGUGUCCAGCUCCUGGAGCGAUUCUAUGACCCUGACACAGGCAGUGUGUUAAUAGAUGGACAUGACACCAAGAAAAUAAAUGUACAGUUUCUUAGAUCAAAAAUUGGAAUAGUGUCCCAGGAGCCAGUGCUAUUUGACUGCAGCAUUGCUGAUAACAUCAAAUACGGGAGCAUCACCAAAGAGGUGACAAUGGAGAAAGUCAUAGAAGCUGCCCAGAAGGCUCAGCUACAUGAUUUUGUCAUGUCACUGCCUGAGAAAUAUGAAACUAAUGUUGGGGCUCAAGGAUCGCAGCUGUCCCGUGGGCAAAAACAACGCAUUGCGAUAGCAAGAGCCAUCAUAAGAAAUCCUAAAAUUUUAUUACUGGAUGAAGCUACCUCUGCCUUAGACACCGAAAGUGAAAAGACUGUGCAGGCAGCGCUGGAUAAGGCCAGAGAAGGCCGUACCUGCAUCGUCAUUGCUCACCGCUUGUCCACAAUCCAGAACGCCGAUAUCAUCGCUGUGAUGUCCCAGGGACUCGUAAUUGAAAGGGGCACCCAUGAUGAACUGAUGGCCAUGGAAGGAGCUUAUUAUAAGCUUGUCACCACUGGAGCCCCAAUUAGCUGAAUUACUGUGAUUCUAAAUUUUAAAGACUCCUUUUCUGUAAGCAGAUACCCUGCAGUGGGUAUGGGUAUGUCCACGCCCCGUUGUGCUGCAAAAUGCUCUACAAGACUGUGAGUGCUGUGGUACCCUAAAUGUAUGCAGCUGUUCGCAGCUGUGUGCAGCAUAACUGCCAGGCAUAGGCAGGACUAAGCACAGGCUGAUGGAUUCAGGAAGUAGCUUAGCCCACUGCUAAGGGAAAGAAAGCCUGAAAAUGGGAAAAUUCUUUGCUGGUGAGCUGGGGGACUGCCACCACCUGCAGUCUGACUGCACAGUUUUGUCAUUCCUCAGUUAUCAAUCAAGAAAUAUUCCAGUGUGGUGGAGUAUGGAAAAUGCCACUUGUCUGGGUAAUCUCUGUGAAUAAAAAACAAUCCCAAGAAUGAUGCUGUGUAUCUGAAGGGAUCAAAUCUCUCCUAAUGUUUGGUCUGUCCAGGAUUACGGGAGAUACCCUUACUGAAAGGCCAGAACCCCCACCCUUCCACCCCCACUAUCAUAUGCAUCAGCUCUGCUGUCUGGGGAGGUUGGGCUUCACUGAUGCAGCUACAGCACCAACACACCAGCACCCUGAGCCAGGCACAGCAGUGAAACUUAAACAGAACUGAAGAGUUCUUCCAAAGAAGGCAGCUCCACAAAAGUAAAGAAAGCAAUCAAAAAGAGGAACAGAAGCAGAUGAAGAUCAUUUUCCCUACACUUAUCACUCCGGGCAAGUUAUCAAAUACGAUUUUGUUUUGGAAUAAAUAUUUCAGUUAAAUCAAUGCAAAACCCCUCAGUUAAUCAUCAUGGUUACAUAAUCUUUUCUACUGAGAUGAUGCUGGAUAAUAUGUUCUUUUUUUUCAGAAGGAAAGACAAUGAUGAGUGUUUUUACAGAAAUCAUAAAUAUAGUCAGUAAAGUGGAAAAAAGUCAUUAUUAGCACCUUGCUCAUGUUAAGCAGAAUUGAUAAACCACGCAACAAUUAAUUCCAAAACUACAAAGGUGAGAAAGUACCUUCUUCUGUCAGAAGCUUCUAACUGUAGCAGUUUAUGCUAAGGUCUAGUGCAUAUUUCUCUGAAUUAUGUUAUUGGAUAUUGUUUGUAGAACUACAUGACUCUUUCCUUUAGUGAGUGGGAUCUUAGAAAAAAAGCAGAUAGACAGAAAGUCUAAAUUACAGGUUUAAAAUUUAAAUCCUAUUUUUGAGUAAUGGGAUAUUAACUGGAAAGGUUGUUCUCCAUGUCCUAAAAUCUGAAGUGGGGUUUACCCACUUUAUAGCACUUUAUCACACCAUAAUGGAGGUUCUUAUACAACUAUGCAUCAGUGCCAACUACUGAAACUUGAAUAGAUAUGUAAGGGUGAAAAGUUUAUUAGACAUCCCUUAAUUCUGUGCAGCAAAAAACAACUUCAAUUUUGGUACAACUCUAUUAAUAGACUCACUUCAACACCCCCUACUGAAAUCCCAUAGGUGACACUGAAAUGCUAUUUUCCCAAGUAAGUGUCUAUUUUAAGCCUUAACUGAAAAUGAAAAAGGAAGCUGCAUUAUUUGCCUUAAGUUUUAAUCUUUUUAGCCUUUUUAUAGUACAGAACAAUAAUAAGUUUGGAUAGCUUUGGACUGAACUAUCAGUAACCUAUUGACAUACCUAUAGUAUAUUUAAUUGAGAUUAGUAUUUAAGGCCAUGGAAAAAUAAUGACUAAUAAAACCUACAGUUACUAUGUACUCACUCUAUAAUUCUUUUGCUUGAAGGACACCAAGUUUGUGGCCAAAAUUAUACCAAUAAAUUGUAAUUUUUACUGCCUCUUGUGCUUUAGUACUUAUCCUCUUACCCUGCAGACAAGCUCAAGAGUAUCUUGCAGCAGGUAACAAGUAUUUCUGUGUAUUUACAUCCCACCUCUUACAAGGGUCUGCUGUGGAGGAUGGGGCUGUUGAGAAGGCCAAAGCAACCACACUAUCCCCUGCCUGCAAUGGAGCCUGUCAUCUCCUUGCACAGGGACAUGGGCCCAG